AUGCCGUCAGAUCUCUUGUGUUGUGAGGUUGUGUCAGGUAAUCUUCGGGGAAGGUUAUGCUGGCAGAUCUCUUUUGUGUGUAAGAUUGUGAUGGGUAACCUUCGGGGAAGGUUAUGCCGUCAGAUCUUGUUUCAUGGCUAUGCCGCUAAACCUCGAGUGCAUGCUAACAUGGUGGUGCGUAAGGCCCAUAUGUUGAGUAUGACUCCGAUGUGGAAAGAUCACGGACGGCUGAGCCGCCAGAUCUUUCGAGGUUCGUGUGGGUACUCUUCCGAGGCAAGGGAAGCUCUGCCGCAGAACCGAGGGUGUAGUCAAGCGCAUUCUCGCACGUCAGAGCCCAACCGGAUUGGCAGCGUGGAGGCUGUGCAUGAAGGGAGGAAGACUCGGAGGAUAACCUGGUCAGCUGCCUUGGCCGAGUAUGGUACCAUAUGA